AUGGAGCAGUCAGUGCUUGUACCACCAGGACCAGACAGCUUCCAAUACUUCACUAGAGAGUCUCUUGCAGCUAUUGAACAGCGCAUUGCUGCAGAAAAAGCCAAGAACCCUAAACAAGAUCGCAAAGACGAUGAUGAAAAUGGGCCAAAACCAAACAGUGACUUGGAGGCAGGAAAGACACUCCCCUUUAUAUAUGGUGACAUACCUCCAGGAAUGGUGUCUGAGCCCUUGGAAGACAUGGACCCAUAUUACAUCAAUAAAAAAACCUUUAUAGUAUUGAAUAAAGGGAAGGCAAUCUUCCGAUUCAGUGCCACCUCUGCCCUGUACAUUUUAACACCCUUCAACCCUCUUAGAAAAAUAGCUAUUAAAAUUUUGGUACAUUCAUUAUUCAGCAUGCUUAUCAUGUGCACUAUUUUGACCAACUGCGUAUUUAUGACCAUGAGUAACCCUCCAGACUGGACAAAGAAUGUAGAGUAUACUUUCACUGGGAUUUACACAUUUGAGUCACUAAUAAAAAUCAUUGCAAGGGGCUUUUGCUUAGAAGAUUUUACUUUUCUUCGAGAUCCGUGGAACUGGCUUGAUUUCACUGUCAUUACCUUUGCUUUCCAACAUCAGAAUAAAAACUCCUUUCCAUUUGCAGGCCUGAAGACUAUUGUAGGAGCCCUGAUUCAGUCUGUGAAGAAGCUCUCGGAUGUGAUGAUCCUGACUGUGUUUUGUCUGAGUGUAUUUGCACUGAUAGGGCUGCAGCUGUUCAUGGGCAACCUGAGGAAUAAAUGCCUGCAGUGGCCUCCAGAAAAUUUUACUUUGGAAACAAAUAUUACUUCCCAGCUAAACAGCACCAUAGGUGAAAAUGGUACAUUGCUUAAUUCAACAGUGACUCCGUUUGACUGGAAGGGGUACAUUGAAGAUGAAAGUCACUUUUAUUUUCUGGAAGGGCAAAACGAUGCUCUGCUUUGUGGAAAUAGCUCUGAUGCUGGGCAGUGCCCAGAAGGAUAUACUUGUGUGAAAGCUGGCAGAAACCCCAACUAUGGCUACACAAGUUUUGACACCUUCAGCUGGGCUUUCUUGUCCCUGUUUCGGCUAAUGACUCAGGACUUCUGGGAAAACCUUUAUCAAUUGACUCUUCGUGCUGCUGGGAAGACAUACAUGAUAUUUUUUGUUCUGGUGAUUUUUCUGGGCUCUUUCUAUCUGAUCAACCUGAUCCUGGCUGUGGUUGCCAUGGCCUAUGAAGAACAGAACCAAGCAACCCUUGAAGAAGCAGAGCAGAAGGAGGCAGAAUUUCAACAGAUGCUGGAACAGCUGAAGAAGCAACAAGAAGCAGCACAGGCAGCAGCGGUGGCAGCAGCAGCAGUAACAGCAUCUGCAGAGUCCAGGGAGCCCAGUGCUGCAGGAGAAGCAGGAGGGCUCUCAGAAAGCUCUUCAGACGCAUCAAAAUUGAGCUCAAAGAGUGCAAAAGAGAGGAGAAAUAGAAGGAAAAAAAGGAAACAGAAAGAACAGUCUGGAGGAGAGGAAAAAGAUGAAGACGAAUUUCACAAGUCUGAAUCAGAAGACAGCAUCAGAAGGAAAGGUUUCCGAUUGUCUAUUGAAGGCAACAGACUGACAUACGAAAAGAAGUAUUCUUCUCCACAUCAGUCUUUGCUGAGCAUUCGUGGCUCCCUGUUUUCCCCAAGGCGCAACAGCAGAACAAGUCUUUUCAGCUUCAGAGGUCGAGCAAAGGACGUAGGAUCAGAAAAUGACUUUGCUGAUGAUGAGCACAGCACUUUUGAAGACAAUGACAGCAGAAGAGAUUCUCUCUUUGUGCCGCGCAGGCAUGGAGAACGGCGCAACAGCAACAUCAGCCAGGCCAGUAGGUCAUCCAGGAUGCUGGCAGUGUUUCCAGUGAAUGGGAAGAUGCACAGCACCGUGGAUUGCAAUGGGGUGGUUUCCCUGGUUGGUGGACCAUCUGUUCCUACAUCGCCUGUUGGACAGCUUCUGCCAGAGGUGAUAAUAGAUAAACCAGCUACUGAUGACAAUGGCACCACGACAGAACCAGAAAUGAGGAAGAGAAUAUCAGGUUCUUUUCACGUUUCUAUGGACUUCCUGGAGGAUCCAGCUUUAAGGGAAAGAGCCAUGAGUAUUGCUAGCAUCCUCACAAACACUGUGGAAGAACUUGAAGAAUCAAGACAGAAAUGCCCACCAUGUUGGUAUAAAUUUGCAAAUAUUUUCUUGAUCUGGGACUGCAGUCCACAUUGGUUAAAAGUUAAGCAUAUUGUCAACUUAGUGGUAAUGGACCCAUUUGUUGACCUGGCUAUUACAAUUUGCAUUGUUUUAAAUACACUCUUUAUGGCUAUGGAACAUUAUCCAAUGACCGACGAAUUCAAUAAUGUACUUUCAGUUGGAAAUCUGGUCUUCACUGGAAUCUUCACAGCAGAAAUGUUUCUCAAGAUAAUUGCAAUGGAUCCUUACUAUUAUUUCCAGGAAGGCUGGAAUAUUUUUGAUGGCUUUAUUGUAACCCUUAGCUUGGUUGAACUUGGUCUUGCAGAUGUGGAAGGACUAUCUGUUCUUCGGUCAUUCAGAUUGUUACGAGUUUUCAAAUUGGCAAAAUCGUGGCCAACACUAAAUAUGUUGAUAAAAAUCAUUGGUAAUUCCGUGGGAGCUCUGGGGAAUCUGACCCUGGUGCUGGCCAUCAUCGUGUUCAUUUUCGCUGUGGUUGGGAUGCAGCUCUUUGGGAAAAACUACAAGGAAUGUGUCUGCAAAAUUGCAAGUGACUGUGUGCUCCCUCGCUGGCACAUGCACGACUUUUUCCACUCUUUCCUGAUUGUAUUCCGAGUGCUGUGUGGAGAAUGGAUAGAAACCAUGUGGGACUGCAUGGAGGUUGCAGGCCAAACCAUGUGCCUUACAGUCUUCAUGAUGGUCAUGGUGAUUGGAAACCUAGUGGUACUAAACCUAUUUUUGGCCUUGCUCUUGAGCUCAUUUAGUGCAGACAACCUCGCUGUGACAGAUGAUGAUAAUGAAAUGAACAAUCUCCAGAUUGCUGUGGCAAGAAUGCAGAAAGGCAUUGAUUAUGUGAAGAGAAAAGCACGUGAAUUCAUCCAAAAAGCUUUUGUUAAAAAACAGAAAGCUUUAGAUGAAAUCAAGCCACUUGAAGAUUUAAACAACAAAAAUAGCUGUAUUUCUAACCAUACAACCGUGGAACUAAGCAAGGACCAUGACUAUAUUAAAGAUGCAAAUGGAACCACCAGUGGUAUAGGCACAGGCAGCAGUGUGGAAAAAUACAUAAUUGAUGAGAGUGAUUACAUGUCAUUCAUAAACAACCCAAGCCUCACUGUGACAGUACCCAUUGCUGUGGGUGAAUCCGACUUUGAAAAUCUAAACACAGAAGAAUUUAGUAGUGAAUCAGACCUGGAAGAAAGCAAAGAGAAGUUAAAUUCAUCUAGUUCAUCUGAAGGCAGCACAGUUGAUAUUGGACUUCCUGCAGAAGAACAACCAGAAGCUGAACCUGAAGAAGCCCAGGAGCCAGAGGCCUGCUUCACAGAAGGCUGUGUAAGAAGGUUCAAGUGCUGUCAAGUAAGUAUAGAAGAAGGGAGAGGAAAGCAGUGGUGGAACCUUAGAAAAACCUGCUUCAGGAUUGUUGAACACAACUGGUUUGAGACUUUCAUUGUCUUUAUGAUUCUCCUCAGUAGCGGAGCUCUGGCUUUUGAAGACAUAUAUAUUGAACAACGUAAAACUAUCAAGACCAUGCUGGAAUAUGCUGACAAGGUCUUCACUUACAUCUUCAUUCUGGAAAUGCUGCUGAAGUGGGUGGCCUAUGGCUACCAAACAUAUUUUACUAAUGCCUGGUGCUGGCUGGACUUCCUCAUUGUCGAUGUCUCUUUGGUUAGCUUAACAGCAAAUGCAUUGGGUUACUCUGAACUUGGUGCCAUUAAGUCCCUUAGGACACUAAGAGCUUUGAGACCUCUAAGAGCUUUGUCACGAUUUGAAGGCAUGAGGGUGGUUGUGAAUGCCCUUUUAGGAGCAAUUCCAUCCAUCAUGAACGUGCUUCUCGUUUGUCUUAUAUUCUGGCUAAUUUUCAGCAUCAUGGGAGUAAAUCUGUUUGCUGGGAAGUUCUACUACUGUGUUAACACCACAACUGAUGAAAGGUUUGAAGUCGACCAAAUCAACAAUUUUAGUCAGUGCGAGGAGCUCAUAAAAAACAAUCAAAGUGCCCGAUGGAAAAACGUGAAAGUAAACUUUGAUAAUGUAGGAUUUGGGUAUCUUUCUUUACUUCAAGUAGCUACAUUUAAAGGCUGGAUGGAUAUUAUGUAUGCAGCUAUUGACUCAAGAGAUGUGUUACAGCAACCCAAGUAUGAAGACAACUUGUAUAUGUACUUAUAUUUUGUCAUCUUUAUAAUUUUUGGGUCUUUUUUCACCCUGAAUUUGUUCAUUGGUGUCAUUAUUGACAACUUCAAUCAGCAAAAAAAGAAGUUUGGAGGUCAAGACAUAUUCAUGACAGAAGAGCAGAAGAAAUACUACAAUGCAAUGAAAAAGCUGGGAUCCAAAAAACCACAAAAACCCAUACCAAGACCAGGGAAUAAAUUCCAAGGAAUGGUCUUUGAUUUUGUGACACAGCAAGUAUUUGAUAUCAGCAUCAUGAUUCUUAUUUGUCUUAACAUGGUUACCAUGAUGGUAGAAACAGAUGACCAGAGCAAAGAAAUGGAAAAUAUUUUAUACUGGAUAAACCUGGUAUUCAUUGUCCUUUUCACUGGAGAAUUUGUCCUGAAAUUAAUUUCACUUCGCCAUUACUACUUCACUAUAGGCUGGAACAUUUUUGAUUUUGUGGUUGUCAUUCUCUCUAUAGUAGCUAAAACAACCAUCAAAAUUGUUAUAAUCAUCCAAUACUUACUGCAUCUGCAAAUAUUACAUAUAACUGCUGUAACAGAAAUUAUGCCAGUAUUAAGUGAUAAUGUACCUUCGUUUUCUUUUCUUUUUCUUUCUUUUUUAGGAAUGUUUUUGGCUGAGAUGAUUGAGAAGUACUUUGUAUCUCCAGUCUGGGAGAAGUUUGAUCCCGAUGCAACACAGUUCAUGGAAUUUGAGAAAUUGUCUGAUUUUGCAGCAGCACUUGAGCCUCCUCUUCAUCUACCCAAACCUAACAAAGUCCAGCUUAUUGCAAUGGAUCUGCCCAUGGUGAGCGGUGACAGAAUUCACUGCCUUGACAUCUUGUUUGCUUUCACAAAGCGUGUUUUGGGGGAAAGUGGGGAGAUGGACGCCCUCAGAAUACAGAUGGAAGAUCGGUUUAUGGCAGCCAAUCCUUCUAAAGUCUCCUAUGAACCAAUUACAACCACACUGAAGCGAAAGCAGGAGGAGGUGUCUGCUGUCAUCAUUCAGCGUGCUUACAGACGUCACCUUUUAAAACGAACAGUAAAACAAGCUUCCUUUAUCUAUAACAAAAAUAAAACUGAAGGUGGGGCUGGUCAGGGUAUGAAAGAUGAAAUUCUUAUUGACAAGUUAAAUGAAAACUCAUUUACAGAGAAAACAGAUAUAACCGCAUCAACAGCAGUUUGUCCGCCUUCUUAUGAUCGUGUAAUAAGGCCAGUCAAAGAAAAGCAUGAAAAGGAAGAUAAAGAUGGUCAGAAAUAA